AUGACUCAGCAGAAUCUCAAAAACCACUUCAGAGGCUGCCCGAUCCUGAACCCGGACGAGUUGCUUCCUCCCGACAUCACUUCUGCUCCUCCCGGAUCGGUGCCUCCUCCGGGCGAGGAUUACUACACCCUGGCCAACGGAUGUCCGAUUCGGAACCCGAACGCGUCGCAGAGAAUCGGGAGGCAGCUUCGCGGCACUCUGCUGCUGCAGGACCUCAACCUGAUCGAUAUCAUCUCGCACAUCACCCAUGAACGGAUCCCAGAGCGACUGGUCCAUGCCAAGGGUGCAGGUGCCUAUGGCGAGUUCGAGGUCACCCACGACAUCACCGAAUUCACCAGCGCGGCCUUUCUCAACCAUGUCGGCAAGAAGACGCCUCUCUUCGUGCGCUUUUCGACCGUGGCGGGCGAGAAGGGCUCCGCUGACAGCGUCCGCGACGCGCGAGGAUUUGCCUUCAAGAUGUACACCGAAGAGGGCAAUCUCGACUGGGUGUUUUUCAGCACGCCCGUCUUCCAAAUCCGAGACCCGGCAAAGUUCCCCUCCCUGGUGCAUGCGCAGAAGCGCGAACCGUCGAGCAACCUGAAGGAUCCCACGAUGUUCUGGGACUACUUUAACCGCAACGCUGAGGGCUACAAUUUCUUGAUGUAUCUGUUUAGCGACAUGGGAACGCCGGUCUCAUAUCGAUACGCAGACAUCUACAGCAUCAAUACGUACGAGUUUACCAAGCCGGAUGGAUCCUUCAAAUACGUCCGGCUCACACUCAAGACGGACCAAGGAGUCAAGGACCUCACCCAGGACGAAUCCGUCACCAUCACCGGCAAAGACCCUGACUACUUCACUCGCGACCUGUACGACGCCAUCGCCAAGGGCAACUACCCGUCGUGGACCGUCUACGCCCAGAUCAUCGACCCCCGCGAGGCCGAAACGUACCAUACCAACAUCUUCGACGCGACGCGCACUAUCUCCGAGGACGACUACCCUCUGAUCCCGUUUGGCAAGAUCACGCUGAACCGCAAUCCGGUCAACUACUUCGCCGAGGUGGAACAGGCGGCCUUCGCGCCGGCCAACAUCGUUCCCGGCUGGGAUAUCACUCCGGAUCCAUUGCUUCAUAUCCGGCUGUUUGCCUACGGCGACACGCAACGCUACCGUUUGGGGGUCAACUUUCCGCAGCUGCCGACAAACCGGUCCUUCUACAGCUACAAUCCCACGAAACGCGACGGGGCCGCCACCAUCACAAACUACGGCGACCUGCCCAACUACAUACCCAGCGUCAACGGGCCGACGAUCAUCCAAGCAGCGCAGUACAAAGAUCGUGCUGCCCACGAAGAGUGGUUGGGAAGCGCGGUCAACUUCGAGAGCGUCGUCACCGACGCCGACUUCGUCCAGCCCCGGGAAUUUUGGACACGGCUGACAGAAGAGCAGCAGCAGCACUUUGUCUACAACGUAGCCGUCGACUUGUACGGGGCGAUCACGAGUGUGCGGCACGCGGCUCAUGCUAUCUUCAGCAAGAUCGAUGCCAAACUAGGCGAGCGAAUCCAGACGGAAACUGAGGCCAUGGUCCAGGCGAAUGCCGGCAUGGAGGAGAUCCCUGGCGUCGUCGUUGGGGGGAAGGACCUCAAUGCCACGCCGCCGACGGUACCGGCGCCGUUGACGAGAGUUGAGUCGACGAUCUUCGAGAAGAUUGCGCGGAAGGUCGAGUUGGAGUUGGAGGGUAAGAUGGAUGGAUGA